AUGAAGCACAGAUGUAACAGCAAAUUUUCGCUUAAAAUGUGUUAUUUGCAUGACUCAAGGAUGAAUGCUUCAAGUUUUGUUUUAGAUAAACCAAUAGGUGAGAUUUAUGUGAUGAAAUUUGAAAUGACUAUUGCUAUAAGUCAGAGUAAAAAGCUUCAUAAGUAUCGUGCUCCACGAGUCGGCAAGAAAAAGUUGUGUUAUGCGAAUAUUGCUACAAAAUAUGCAAGUCUUGGCGCGCGAGAAGAAAUAUUUCUCUCGGCCUCUAAUGUUGUUGUAGCAUUCGAGCUACGAAAGAUAUUAGAUAGAGUGAAUUAUUGGUAG